AUGGGUCCUUCUUCGAGCCAUAUAUUUUCCACUCAUGGACGUGGGCCGUGCUGUGGCUUUCAGUAAGGCCCGGCAUACUCGCAUCUUUUUGAUCGUCAUUCUAUUUGCCCCUAUACCAUUCUCAUGAUUUGCGUUUAUUUGUCUUCCUUUUGUUCUUCUCCAUCAAAGCCCACUCAGGCAUGGUUGGCUUUAGGUUCGGCGCAAUGAGCUUUUUCUAUUUGCUGGUGGUGGUCAAAUCUAGAAUGGGUUUUGAGGCGAACUGGUUUGGACUUAUUUUUCGUACGUGGUCUAUGAAUCCAAUAUAUCCUCUGGUACACUGCGGCCCUGAUCCACAUAUAAUUCUUCUUUCCCGGCCAUACUACAACAGCAAACCUUGUCAACCACAGCCGCCCUUUCCAUACGACCAAACCCCACCCUUUCUCCAGUCCAUUAGAAACCGCGCUUCGCACACCGCAUAGAUUUCAACGAGAGGGGGUAUUACUGCAUUUCUGCUAAGCCACAUUUCAACAUCGUGCUAGUCCACGGACGAAAGCGACAUAUACGCGACU